AACUCUGCCUCCCUCUCAAGACAAACACCCUGCCCUGAGCUCGUCACUGAGAGGGGACCUGGACACGCAUGACACACACACACACGCACACACACACACACACACACACACAGACACACACACACACAGAGACACACACACACACACACAACCACACAACCACAAAAACAGUGUCAGAUGUUUCCAGGCUGUUGUCUUCAAAUGAAAGCACCUCCCUCAGGAUUACAUUGUGUGAUAUUGUUAGUUAAGACGCAUUCAGAUGACCGUGACGCAAGAGCGGCCCAUGACUUACAGCAAAAUGAGGGGGCUUGUGUCGUUUUUGUCAGCUCUGCUCAAGGGGAAGAAAGUUGGCCUCAGUGACUUCCUACACAAAAUUGUAUCCAGUCAAAAGCUUUGCCAACACUUGGACCUUCAGAAAAUUCUGCGGCGAGAGAGCAAAUUGAGAAGAGAGAAGGGGGAGAAAGGCACAGGGAGCCCAGUGAACACAGAGACCUCACAGAUGAAACCCUCAGAUUUUGACUACCUCAAAGUUAUUGGCAAAGGAAGCUUUGGAAAGGUGCUUCUGGCAAAACACAGAACAGAACAUGGAGGAUACUAUGCUGUGAAAGUGUUGCAGAAACAGAUGAUUGUAAAGAGAAAAGAGCAGGGACAUGUGAUGGUUGAGAGAAGUGUGCUACUGAAAGGACUACAACAUCCAUUCCUUGUGGGACUCCACUUCUCCUUUCAGACAUCAAACAUGCUCUACUUUGUCCUGGAUUAUGUUAACGGUGGGGAGCUCUUCUACCAUCUUCAAAGAGAAGGGUCCUUUCCUGAACCCAGGGCUGCUUUCUACGCUGCAGAGAUGACCAUGGCACUUGGCUACCUCCACUCUCUUGAUAUCGUUUAUAGAGACCUAAAGCCAGAGAACAUCCUACUGGACAGCAAAGGUCACGUGAUGCUGACUGACUUUGGGCUUUGUAAAGAAGGGGUGGCAGUUGGUGGGAUCAUGCACACAUUCUGUGGGACUCCAGAGUAUCUCGCUCCAGAGGUGCUACAAGGCCAGCCAUACAGUCCAGCAGUGGACUGGUGGGGUCUUGGCACCGUGCUGUUUGAGAUGCUCUUUGGAUUGCCUCCGUUUUAUAGCCAAAGUAAGGCAGAGAUGUUUGAGAACAUUCUUCAUGCUCCUCUAAAGAUGCGCAGUGGGGUCUCUGAGGCUGCCCGCUUGCUUUUGGAGGGAUUGCUGCAAAGAGAUGUCAAAAGCCGCCUAGGGGGGAGUGGUGACCAGGUGGAGCUGCAGGAUCAUCCCUUCUUUGCUUCCAUCAACUGGGACGACCUCCUGGCCAGGAAAAUUAAACCACCCUUUAUCCCAAACGUGACUUGUCCGUGUGAUGUCAGCUACAUCGACCCCGAGUUCACACUACUGCCUGUCCCUGCCUCUGUAAAUGAGAGAUGCCAGGCGGGGGGGCACAGUGAGGCCUUCCCAGGCUUCUCCUACAUGCACCCUGUGGAGUAUGUGGAAGUGGAGCCGGUUUCAUAACUACGCAAAAAUCCUCUGAGCAUGUUUGUUAAAUUAUUUAUUUUAUACAUUUUUAAAUAAAUGUCUUUUUUUAACAUUUGAGUAAAAUAUUCUUAAACCAA